UCCGUGUUUUUACACAGGCCAGGAAGGGUAUAGAAUGUGCGUUAGAUUAUAUUUGAAUGGAGAUGGAAUUGGUAGUGAAAGCCAUUUGUCACUAUAUCUAAUUCUUCAGAUGAAUGACCUCGAUUUUUUGCUACCCUGGCCUUUCCAACAACAGGUUACUUUUACUUUGAAGGAUCUAGAUCACAGUGGUAAUGAUAUCGUUGCAAUGUACAUCCCCGAUCCAUCAAGUGGACAUCGACCGUCGCCAACUAAUGACGUGACCACUCUGCCUGGCUGUCCACAGUUUAUGAAGUUAGAAGAUUUUGAAGCCGAAUACGAGCGAUACGUGAAAGAAAAUACAAUGUACAUUAAAGUUGAAGUUGAUGGGUCAAACAGACUUGCAGACUAAUUUUCAAUGGAUGACAUAUAAUUAAUGAAUGACAUAUGUCGACCAUUGAAAUGUAGUAGAAUAGGGCGC